AUAUCCUCUCUCUCUCUUCCGCUCUCUCCCUCUCUUCUCCUCUCUUCCCCUCUCUUUCUCAGAGCUCUAUUGAGGAGGUUCGGAAUCUUCGGACAUCAUUUGUAGUAGGGAUUUUGGUGGCGGUCUUGCUUUUCUCUCGUAGUCAAAAGCCCUAGGCUUUAAUCGUAUUAAAAAAAAUAUAUUUUUGGUUUUUCCUGUUGGAAUUUGAUGGUGAUGCACCAAAGUGGUGUGUAAUUUGAAGUGUUUGUGAAAUGAUGGAGGGGAAGAGGAUAUCGGUGACUCCUCGACCUGGCAGUGGCCGGCGGGUUGUGGCUAAGAAGCGACCUCGUAAUGAUGGAUUUGUGAACAGCGUUAAGAAGCUUCAGAGGCGUGAAAUUUGUUCCAAGCGUGACCGUUCUUUCAGUAUGAGCGAUGCCCAGGAAAGGUUCAGAAAUAUACGCUUGCAGGAGGAGUACGAUACCCAUGAUCCGAAGGGACAUUGUACCCUGGUUCUGCCCUUUCUGAGGAAGAGGUCAAAAAUUAUUGAGAUAGUAGCAGCACGUGACAUUGUCUUUGCUCUUGCCCAAUCUGGUGUAUGUGCAGCAUUUAGCCGAGAAACUAACCAGAGGAUAUGCUUUCUGAAUGUCAGUCCUGAUGAAGUUAUUCGAAGCCUAUUUUAUAAUAAAAAUAAUGAUUCCCUUAUCACAGUUUCAGUUUAUGCUUCAGACAACUUCAGUUCUUUGAAAUGCAGAACCACAAGGAUUGAGUACAUAAGGAGGGGCAAACCGGAUGCUGGCUUUGCUCUCUUUGAAUCUGAGUCACUUAAAUGGCCUGGUUUUGUAGAGUUUGAUGAUGUAAAUGGGAAGGUACUCACUUAUUCUGCACAAGAUAGCAUAUACAAGGUCUUUGACCUGAAAAACUAUACAAUGUUGUACUCCAUAUCAGAUAAACAUGUUCAAGAAAUCAAGAUCAGUCCAGGCAUUAUGUUGUUAAUUUUCACCAAAGCUAGUAGCCAUGUUCCUCUUAAGAUUCUUUCAAUAGAGGAUGGCACUGUUCUCAAAUCUUUCAACCAUCUGCUUCAUCGGAAUAAGAAGGUGGAUUUCAUUGAACAGUUCAAUGAAAAGCUUCUUGUCAAGCAAGAAAACGAGAAUCUCCAGAUUCUUGAUGUACGCAAUUCCGAGUUAAAAGAAGUUAGCAGAACUGAAUUUAUGACACCAUCUGCAUUUAUAUUUCUAUAUGAGAAUCAAUUAUUCCUGACGUUUAGGAAUCGAACAGUGGCUGUUUGGAACUUCAGAGGGGAACUUGUAACUUCGUUUGAGGAUCACCUUUUGUGGCAUCCUGAUUGCAACACCAACAACAUAUACAUCACAAGUGACCAGGAUCUUAUUAUUUCUUACUGCAAGGCUGAUUCUGAUGAUCCUUUGUCAGAAGGAAAUGCGGGUUCUAUAAACAUAAGCAAUAUUUUGACUGGGAAAUGUCUAGCAAAAAUAAAAGCAAGCAACAAUUUCCCGAUGGAAAAUGAAUGCAGUUGCAGUAGCAAUUUCAGCAGCAGCAGCAGCAGCAUCAGUGGCUCAAGGAAACGAGCUCAUGCCUCUGCCUCUAGGAUUAGAAGCACGGUUGCAGAAGCCCUGGAAGACAUUACAGCUCUUUUCUAUGAUGAAGAACGCAAUGAGAUUUAUACUGGCAACAGGCAUGGCCUGGUCCAUGUAUGGUCCAACUGAUGUGUGUAUUUCGUUAGUUCUGUGAUUCUUCCUUCCAGAUGGUUGAAUUCAUUAAGCUGCACCACUGCAGGAACUUGGUGGAACUGUACCAUUAAAUGUGCUUGUCCUAGUUCAUUUUUAUUCUUUUGUUUAUCUGGUGUUCACAUUUCAUGUUGUUGGUUGUCAUAGAUGAGAUUAUAAAAUCAUAUUCACUUUUGUAGUUGUGCAUUAUAA